ACUAGUUGACGUUUCGUUCCCCGGAAGUGUUUCUCGUUACCCAACGAGGUCAUAAUGGCGGCUCGCUGCAUGUGAAGGGGUCGAAACAGAAGCUGGCUUUAUGAUUGGAGAACAUGUAUAAAACGCCAUGUUGCAGACUGUCAGGUUUGGUUGGACUAAGCGUGAAACAGAAACUACUUCAAAAUGUCCCUCAAUGUAACCAGACUGCUCGCAGCCUCGUUCAGCUGCACAGAAGAGAUCCAUCAAACUGGCUGACGUACCAGCACCUUAACUUCCUCAAACGCCAGUAUGUGGCAAAGAACAACAGUGAGCUUCACCAACGUGCCAUCCCAAAACCAGCUCCUGCCCUGACCAUAGUGGAUGAGAGAGAUGACAGCAUUGAAAGACAGGUGCAGAGAAUACCAACUAUUGAUCCUGUGGACACAGAUACUGUUUCACUGUCGGAAGACAUCACCAGUAAAGCACAGCCUGGAAUAUCCACCUUGAAGCCCGAUACAGAAGAUGCAGCAGUACAGAAAGAUUCUGUGUCUAGUACGCUUGUGACGUCAGAUGAGACUCCCCAUGUCCAAGUGGAGACUGAUGAGGAAAAGGAGGCACGUCUAGACAGACAAUGGAAGCAGCUCAAGGUCAAUGUGGCUGACUUGCCAGAUAUCUACGCCAAGCUUGCCAAAAUCAAACUCACAGCUCUGGUGGUUACGAGUGCAGCAGCCGGCUUUGCAAUGGCUCCGGUGCCAUUUGACCCCCUCCUCUUCUUCGUGUCUUCUCUGGGAAUAGGCCUCGCCUCUUGUACUGCCAAUUCAAUCAACCAGUACUUCGAGGUGCCCUUCGACUCCAACAUGAAUCGUACAAAGAACCGUCCACUCGUCAGAGGACAAAUCAGUCCCCUCCAUGCAGUGUCUUUUGCUCUGGCCUGUGGAAUUCCCGGAGUCGCUCUGCUCACGCUGGUGGUGAACCCCUUAACGGGCUUCCUGGGUGCCCUCAACAUCUUUCUCUACACAUGUUGCUACACACCGCUCAAGAGGCUCAGCAUCACCAACACCUGGGUGGGAGCAGUGGUGGGUGCGAUACCUCCCGUCAUGGGCUGGACGGCUGCCACAGGUUGUCUGGGACAAGGUGCUUUGUUGAUGGGUGGUUUCCUGUACAGCUGGCAGUUCCCCCACUUUAACGCCCUCAGCUGGAACUUGAGGGAGGACUACUCCCGCGGCGGCUACCGCAUGAUGUCAGUCACCCACCCAGGCAUGUGCAAGCGGGUGGCCCUGCGCCACAGCGUGGGCCUGAUCGGCCUCUCCACCUUAGCGCCCGUGCUGGACGUCACCACCUGGACCUUCCCCGUCAUCUCCUUACCCAUCAACCUGUACAUCAGCUACCUGGCCUUCCGCUUCUACCGCCAGGGGGAGCGCAGCAGCGCCCGCAAGCUGUUCUUCUGCAGCCUGUGGCACCUGCCCAUGCUGCUGCUGCUGGCGCUUACUUGCAAGAAGCCUCGGAGAGAUCAGGAGGAACCAGCUCUACCUCCAGCGUCUUUACCCCUCACUCUGCAAAGCUAACCAACUUCAUAUAUGCCCAAACACUUCUAAGGAUUCUGAGGCCCUUUGUUUUAACUGAGAUGCUCCCUCAGGGUCUCCCUUAACCACUUGUUGAGCUUGGAGGGCUCUGCAUGAUGGACACAUUAUUUUAAUCUGUGUUCUUUAUGGUGGUCACUGCAGAUCAGGAAAUGAGCUGGAAGAUGUUCCGGAUCAAAGAUGUGAUUUACAGAAAACGCACUGAAUUAUUACAUCGGGUUGUAAUCAUUUUAAUGUGUGUGUACUGUAUAUAUUCUGUAUUUAUUUAUAUUGGGGCCCACCAGUUUCUCUCCAUGUUGUACGACUGAUGUUAAAUAUCUUGUGACUGUAAAUUGCUCCUAUGGAUCCGCACAGGGAUCACUGUCUGCAUUGUGCAAAUGCAAAAUAGAAGAAGGCGAUAUAUAAUGGACAUGAAGACAUCAUGAUAAUCACAAGAUUUUCUGUUAAUGUGUGAAAAUAGGCUGCUAUGACAGUGCACUUGAUAUCUGUUCAUUGUGUUUUGACUUUCUACGCCUUCUUUCAGAAGCCUCAUCGUAUUUUGUUUUCUCAGCAAAACGCGAUGACCGGUCUUCAUUCAGUUCAAUAACGGUUUCAUUCAACACGGUUUGCGUGCACCAAAACAGAGGGAAUAUCUCACCCCUGUACAAAACACAAGGGCAAAUGUUCUCCAACAAUAAACGCCUCAUGAUUGUAA